AUGAAGCUAACUCUCUCCGUCACAAUUGGCAUCCUUAGCUAUGUGGUGGCACAAGCCAACUUCCCAGUAGCACUUAAUAGUACGUUCGAGACCUUCGGGGCACGAAAUGUUCGUGUCGACACAGGGACAUACGGGCCACUAGUAGAGGAAUACCACUAUUUUUACGAUCAAUGGCCAAUUGGACUCGCAGUGUCUAAGAGCGGGCGAGUUUUCACCUGCUACACGCGAGGGACAUACGCGUACACCUUGGGUGAAGUUGUUAAUGAGACAGCCGAGGUGGCGUACCCCAACUUGGAGCUGAAUACACCCCCUCAGGGACUUUUUACAGUUAGCAACGGUAUCAUGUUCGGUAGCAACGACGAGAGUCACUUCAUCAGCGUGCAAGCUCUGUACGUGACCCCCGACGACACACUCUGGGUGCUUGACACUGGGCGCCCUACUAUCACCCAAGAGCAGAAGAUCAGCACGCCAUACGCCGCACCGGGCGGCCCGAAGCUGGUGGCUAUAGACCUGACCACGAAUAGCAUCAGGAAAACAUACACUUUACCUCCGACAGUUCAUUAUCCAGAUUCUUACAUGAACGACCUGCGGUUUGACCUUCGGUCCAAUGUCACUCAGUCCGGAGGCGGCAUCGCGUAUAUCGUAGACAGCAGUAAUGAAGGGAGAACGGGGUUCAUCAUGAUCGACCUUGCGACAGGGGAGAGCUGGAGGCAGUUGAAUCAACACCCUAGUACUCAGGUUAUAGCUGAAGUCGUUCCCAGUUACAAUGGUAUUCCAUUUUAUCUACGCCAACAUGGAUAUCCACUCGGAUUCCAAGAAGAAGGCCUCGAUGGGGCUGAGUUAGAUCAAUAUGGAGACGACCCGCUCGCUAAUAAGAAUGCCUUCGACAACGUCAAAAGUUUAGGACAGAGGGGUGGAAACGCCAAUGGGUUCACUGGAGACAGUCUCGGCAACGUAUAUAUGCUAAUGCCGGAGCAUAAUGCAAUAUUUAUAUACAACUACACGGCCCGUUUGACAGCACCCUAUAUCAGAGACCCUCGUAUUGUUUGGCCGGACAGUGCUAACGUGGGUUGGGAUGGAUACCUCUACAUUACAAUUAACCAGCUGCCGUACCAACCAAACUGGAAUAAUGGAGUUGAUAGAAGAGUAUAUCCCGGGUUAAUAUUGCGGUCAAAACUUCCCGAUGGUGCCAGCAAGAAUACACUGUUGAUGUAA